AUGAAGAAUCGUGGCCGGAGCCUGGCGUGGCUCCUGUGCAGCUUUCUCGUCGCAUCCGUGAUGAGAAGGCCUGGCCUGACCUUUCUGGUUGCACCAGCUGGGCCGUCACAGCGCCGAGCAUUGCUCUUGGGAGUCAGUGGGGCCAUAUCGGUGCCGACAGAGGUAAGAGCAGAGAGCACCGGUGCGGCCAAACUGAAGGAAUGCGAAUCAGAAGUGAAGCAAAUCUUGGGAGGUUUGUCAUCCAGUGCCCCCAAUGUUUUUGCGAUGACCCCCGCUCAGGUAUCAGAAGUCAAUGAAAGGGGCCCUCCGAAAAUGGGCAGCUUUGCAUCCGCAGAGGGUCCCUGCUCUGCAUCAGCCCUUAGGACGGCUGCUGAGGCUUUGGCCAAAUCACCUCCACCAGGAUUGAAUCGACAGCAGCUCGAAAAGUUGGAGGAUGGACCAAAGCGAAUUGUUGAAGCUCGUGAGGCAAUCGUCGAAGCUAACAAUCAAAAGCAGGGAGCACGCCUGUUUGGCGCGGUCAAGAGGUCGUUGCAUAUCGGAGAUCCAGGCAUAUCACCCAGAGGGCAGAUUGCUAGCCAGCAUUAUUGCGCAGUGCUCGAGCUUGAGAUUGCAACUCCGGCAAAAGUGGAAGAGGCAGUGAACGCCACCUGGGAUGUUUGGAUGCAGCCACGCUUGGCCACAAAGGCAUUGAGCCAGCUAGCGCAAGGGAGAGGCACGUGGCAGGUAGCCGAGCAAGUCUUAUCGGCCAUGCGCAGAGGCGCAGCUGAGACCUCCACCUUCCACUACCAUGCAGCUAUGAAUGCUUGUGCCACCACUGACAUGUGGCAAUGUGCGUUGAAUUUGCUGAAAAACUUACAACACGGACGACCAAAAACUUGGGCAAAGGAAGAGAUCGGCGUGGGCACGGUGUCAGCGGUGUAAGUGGUGCGUUGUCCUCAGUAGCGGCCACUUCCAGCGAUGGUGGUGAUUCCGCCGAUUCUACCUAAGUUGGAGUGGGCACCUGCUUCGUCUGCGCCUGAUGCUGAUGACUCCAGAAACUGGAGCCACUUUUCAAUGAAAGAUGCUGCGGCUGUCUCAGGCAAUAAAAAGAACUAAAAAUGUUUG